GCGGAACAUCCAUCCAUCCAGUAGGCGCUUCACCGGGGCGUGCGGGUCCGCAGAUGCGGGGGUGAGAGGAAAUGGCUGACGGGAACUCGUGAGGACGCGGCGGGCAGACACCUGGAGCUCAGGCAGCAGCAGGAACAGGAACAGGGGAGGGGGAGCAUGGAGGACUCGGAGCCCGCAGAGGACGGCUUGCUCGCGGGCUUGCGGUGGAACCGCAGCGCUCGGGACCAGGCGCAGCUCAAACACAAAAUCCGCGACCUGCCGGGGCUGCUGAAGCACGGACUGCACCUGCGGAAGAAGAGCCAAUCACCUGACACCAUCCCCGGACCGAGCACUGGACCUGCUGUACACAAGUCUUGCUCCCAGAGUUUCCCUUGUGCUGGUCGUGCUGUGAGGAAUGCUUUCCUCUCUCAUGGACCGUACCCAGCUAAAGACAAGAUACACCUGGCCAGAAUCAUACGGCGUAGCUAUGUGGGAGUGGAGCUGGUGCAGUGGCUCUCUGAACAGUGCGUGUAUGUGCGCUGUCGGACUGCUGCUGUGCGUGUCUGGCAGGUGCUGCUGGAGCUGGGAGUCCUGCUCUCUGUGGACCAGCGGGUGAUGUUUUCUGACUCCAACUCUUACUACCAGUUCAGUUUUGAGGAGUGUGACUCCGCCUCCUGCGAGUUUCGCUCGAAUGAGGCGGAUUGGCCAGAUGCUGCUAAGCUCCUCCUACAACUUGCCCCAUAUGUUCAGUUUCGCUCCGGUGGCGGGACCAAUAGCCCGUCAGAGGAGGACUCUGAAGGGAACAGGGAUGUCUGCAGUGAGUUUCUUCAGAUGAAAGCACUUGAGAGGCUCACUUCUACGGUACAAAGUGAGUUGGCAGCUGCUCUUGCCCGAAAGACUCGCAAGGCUUUAUCAGAGCAGGACUCUGAGACAACAGAGAGAAGCCAGGAGGAGUCUUGCACACCCAGCGAGGAGAGCAGCCCGCUGGGUGGGAUGUGCGCGUUGCGAGACGGCGGUGACGGCGGCAGCGUUGGGAUGGGAACCGUAUGCGGCCGCGAGGAGCUCACCAGCCGCCUGGGUCUGGAAGCGGUCCAGCGGCUGGCCAAGGAUGGCUGUCGGCUGCUGCAGAAUCACAACUACCGUCUACCUGACAGGAACCAAGCGGAGGCGGUGGGGAGGGUUUGCCUUAAGGAGAGAGGGCGAGACGUAUUGGUGUUGCAGAGGGUAACAUCAUCACUGACGUCACCCUCAGACCGGCCCUCACCUACGUCGUCAGGGGGCGGGUCCAGAGAGGACGAAGGCAACAAGAGGUACGUGGUGGUAUCUGGAACACCGCUUAAGAUCUUGGAGCAUCUGCUUAGUGACCUGCGGCUGGAUGACCAGAGGGGAGCGUCCGAGAACAGGGAGAGCGAAAUGCUGCUAGAUGACUUCCUGUUGACCUACUUGGUCUUCAUGUCCACUCAUGACCUCUGUCAAGCACUGCUUGGACACUAUAGCAGCGCCCGCUGCAGAGGCCAGGAAGAGGGCAAAGACGCCCUCUUCAGGAAGCGUAAGGUACUGCAGCUGGUGUCCCACUGGAGCAGGCUUUACAAGGACUUCCUGAAGGAAGAGGAGCACAUCAGGAGCUUCAUGAAGACCUUGUACAGGUGUGUUUUAGAAGAUCUGUACGAGUUUCCCACGCUGGAAAAAGACCUGAAGGAGUUUCAAAAACUCCUGCGCCGCAGACACACGGUGGACGACUGUCCCCCAAACCAGAAGAGCAAACAAAUGUAUCAGCAGUUGAGUUUGAAAGAAAACUGUUUCCAGCCUCGCAGUCCACAGGCAGAGACUCGAGAGGUGAUAUGCUGUGUGUAUGUGAGUGCCGACUCCUACUUAAGUGUCCACACACACCCUGCACUGGAGGCCCAUCAGCUGCUGAGGAUUGUGGGUCUUAAGAUGGACAGAGCCGAGGAAGACAUGGUGCUCGCUGUGGUGUCGCACACCGGAGAGCGGCGGGUGUUGCAGCCCAGCGACUGUGUGUAUUCAGAGUCUCUAACUCCACAGGGGAAGCUUGUGGCCUGUCGCAGGGACCUCAAUGAGAUCUUGCCUCCUUUAACAGACAGCGCCGAGUUAAGCAAGAGGCCAGUUCGGCUCUUGGGCAUCAACACCUGGGACGUGGCAGCAGCACUCACACACCUGGAUUGGAGCCUCUUCAAAUCCAUCCAUGAGCAGGAGCUGGUGUAUCACACCCUCAGCCGCACUCCUGCCUCCAGCCACACAGCCGCGCUCUCAGUCCUCCUCCAGCGCUGCAACGAGGUCCAGCAGUGGGUCAUGUCCGAGGUGCUCAUGUGUGUGUCCCUUAACAAGAGGGUGCAGCUGCUCAAGAAGUUCAUUAAGAUUGCAGCUCACUGUAAAGCCCAAAGAAAUCUGAACUCUGCGUUUGCCAUCAUCAUGGGUCUUAACACGGCUUCUGUCAGUCGACUCAAUCAAACAUGGGAGAAAUGUCCAGGGAAGUUCAAGAAGCUUUUUUCAGAGUUGGAGCUCAUCACGGAUCCAUCUCUCAACCACAAAGCCUACAGAGAGGCCUUCAAAAGAAUGAAACCUCCCAAGAUCCCUUUCAUGCCGCUCCUGCUUAAAGAUAUCACUUUUAUUCAUGAGGGAAAUAAAACCUUCCAUGACAACCUGGUCAACUUUGAGAAGCUGCAUAUGAUCGCAGACACGGUGAGAAUGAUUCGCCACUGUCAAAGCGACUUCCCAGGCAACGAGGUGAUUGGGGUCGACAGUGCGGAGGUGAGGGCGAGCGUUCACUGCCUGCACAUCAUCGACAAUCAGCAGACGCUCUUCGAACUGUCACACAAGCUGGAGCCGCGUGCAUAAGCACGCUCACAAAUGUGCUCUCACGGACGCACUAGACACAUCGCAGAAAUGCCAACGUGUGUGUUGUGACACGGACGCUUUGUACAGCAAAAUCUCACACACUCACAAACAACUGCAUCCAGAUCACACAAGCAGCAGCGGCGUCAGCUGGACAAUAAUGAAACUCAGCUGCUCUCUGUCUGUCCUGGAAAGGCUUUCUUACACUCAGCACGUGUUUGUGAUUCUAUAAACACGCGACCUUUCCACACGAACAGGAUCUGAGCGGUAAGAUGGAGAUUUGCCAAACUUCGAUGGAGAGUCAAGGAGGCUGUGAUUAUUUUGUACAGUAUCUGUCGGACUGAGUAUGCCUUUUAUUUUGUUUUUUGUGAACAUUAUUUGGUUAUUUAUGAGGUUCUCCAUCAGGUGAAAUGUUCCUUAAAUGUUUAUCAAUCUUGUCAUCCUGUGAUUGUCAGUAAGGACCCGAUAACCUGAUCAUCAUUUCAAACACAAAAACACUUUGACAUUCAAACAUUUUACAGUCAUUUGAGGGAAAUCUGCAGCAGGGUGUGUAUGGUGUAGUAUGACAACGCCUGCAUAGCACAUACAAGGAUUUGUACUUUGAUACAUGUAUGUGCAGGUUACAUGCUGAAGGUAUCUUAGUGUGAGUAGAAGCCAAGCAAUUCUUGCCUUUAUUUUUUUCAAGCCACUUUUAGCCAAACACUCCUCAUGCACUACACUCUAUGAUGUCUUAAAUGUGAAUAGACUGAUCAUCAUGCGUUCUACUAACUGUGGACCUCAACACUUCUUAGUGCCAAACAUCACGUUGAGCGCUGCAGCACAGCCGUACCGUAGAGCUCCUGCUUUGUUUAGGAGUCGCAGCAUUUGAGUUGGUGGACUGAGCCCCGCGAUGACGUCUCGUCCUCAGUCAUGUAAAGCCAAUCUCACUUCUCACAGUGAUGCUUUCUGACAUAAUGACUGACUGAGUUCAGGGUAUGAAAACACAGUCCCAGUACAGAGCAGGUUUUCUUUCUUUAUAUUCCUUGAAGAAACUUUGAUAUAAUGCAGUUUAUUCAAAUUACUACACAGCAGGAGGAUUUUAUUCCA